CCCCACCACCACCCCCACUCCUCCCUCUACUGUUACUGCAGUUUCUGUUUCUUGUCCAAGCAGCUCACGUAUACGCAGAAAAGCUAAGCUAUCACGGUGAAAAUGUCUUUGGCCAAAGACCUCCUCCACCCUACCAUUGAACACGAGAGAAGACAACAUAAAAAGAAAAGACUUGUUCAGAGUCCAAACUCCUACUUUAUGGACGUGAAGUGCCCAGGCUGCUACAAGAUCACCACUGUGUUCAGCCAUGCACAGUCAGUGGUACUCUGUGUCGGAUGCUCAACUGUGUUGUGCCAGCCUAAAGGAGGAAAGGCCAGACUGACAGAGGGUUGCUCUUUCAGGAGGAAGCAACAUUAAAAAAAGCACUACCCCCUGAUCAUGUCUGUAAUUAAGCCAUGCUGUUGAUAAAUACCUUAUUUUUCCAUUGAUUACAUUGUAGUUGCUCAUUCAGUGAGAGGUUGUCACUGUACUAAUGUUCAACUUUUAUGAUAAAUUUCUAAACUUACAACUAAAAUUUUU